AUGCUACGGCAAGGCGUUGUGGUGGCGCUGCACGGGGGCUGGGGGCGGGCGCCGGCGCCCGCGCACGCCGCCACCACGCUGGUCGGCGGGCUGGUGCCGCCGCCGCGGGAACCCACCACGGCGGCAGAAGCCUUCUGGAAGAUGCCGCAUAAAGACGAGCUGAUGCAUAGUGCCGCGAUGGGCAGCGGCGCCCUGUUCGGGUGCUCAUCGGCCGGCCACAGCGGCAUCAACCAGCUGGGUGGGGUUUACGUCAACGGGCGACCGCUGCCCGACUCCACGCGGCAGAAGAUCGUCGAGCUGGCGCAUUCCGGCGCCCGACCCUGCGACAUCAGCCGCAUCUUACAGGUCUCCAACGGCUGCGUCUCAAAGAUACUCGGCAGCUUCGCACGCAGAUAUUACGAGACGGGGUCGAUAAAACCGCGCGCUAUUGGGGGCUCCAAGCCGCGAGUUGCGACCACGCCGGUAGUCCAGAAGAUCGCGGACUACAAAAGGGAGUGCCCUUCGAUCUUCGCGUGGGAGAUCAGAGAUCGUCUGCUCAGCGAAAAUGUGUGCAAUAACGACAAUAUACCUAGCGUGUCAUCAAUAAACCGAGUUCUAAGAAACCUGGCAUCCCAGAAGGAGCAAGCGGCGUCAGCGCAGAACGACAGCGUAUACGAGAAGCUGAGAAUGUUUAACGGUCAAGCGGCGACUGGCUGGUGGUACCCUGGGCUUCCAACGGCACCAGCAGCGCCGGCAAUACCAGCGCCGUUACCCCCUCAACUCAACCGGACUACGGAAGAGCAUAAGAGAGCAGAUCCUUUGCAAUCAGAAGCUGGUUCAGACGGAAACAGUGAGCACGCGUCGUCCGGUGACGAAGACUCGCAGAUGAGGCUCAGAUUGAAGAGGAAGCUGCAGAGGAAUAGGACGUCCUUUACGAACGACCAGAUCGACAGCUUGGAGAAAGAAUUCGAGCGAACGCACUACCCGGACGUAUUCGCGCGGGAGCGACUUGCUGAAAAGAUCGGAUUGCCUGAGGCACGUAUCCAGGUGUGGUUCUCGAACCGCCGCGCGAAAUGGCGACGCGAAGAGAAGCUCCGAAGUCAGCGUCGGGAGGCGCCAGCGGCUUCGCCCCCCGCCCCGCCCCCACCCCGCAUUCCCCUCAACGGCGGUUUCAACUCCAUGUACAGCCCCAUACCGCAGCCCAUAGCCACCAUGAGCGACACAUACAGUUCGAUGUCAGGGGGACUGUCUUCGUCGUGCCUGCAGCAGCGCGAUGGCGGCUACCCGUACAUGUUUGGCGACGUGUUGGGUGGCGGCUACUCGCGCGCGCCCGCCGCACAUCAGCAGCACGCCGGCUACUCGCAGCCGCAAGCCGCCGCCAGCACCGGUGUUAUAUCAGCGGGCGUGAGUGUGCCCGUUCAAAUUCCCUCGCAAGGACCAGACCUCGCAUCAAAUUAUUGGGGGCGGCUUCAGUGA